UGGCCAUCCCUGUGACGUCAGCGAGGCGUAUAUCGGCGAUGGAUUGAAGGCAACUUCGCACAAAACUCCACCGCGUCCCAUCCCGCACGCGACUUCUCGCGCCCCGAGAUCACCAGCUGUGUCCCGCCGCCGCUGGAAGAGCGCGCGAGAGAGAGAGAGUCAGAGACUUUGUGUGUUUUGACCGCUGCUCACAUGCCGAAGUACGGGAGCGGUCAGUCGCAGCCGCACUUGUGGCAAAUCCACCUGGGCAUCACGUCGCCCAUCAGCCUCGCCACGCCCACCGAGGAGGAGCUUCGCUCCAGCGAUCUCCUGCAAGAGGUCAUGCAGCAGCUGAAGGUGUUCGAGGAAGUCGUGGAACUGGAGCAAAGGCUGGCCGUCUUGGGCAAGCUGAACCACAUGGUGAACCGGUGGGUCCGAGACUUCGCUGAAGCCAAGGAUCUCUCGCCGAGCAUCAUUGAGAACAUUUCCGCAAAGAUCUGUACUUUCGGCUCGUUCCGGCUGGGCGUCCACAAUAAAGACGCAGAUAUCGACGCGCUGUGCGUCGCUCCUCAGCACGUCGAUCGAACCGACUUCUUCACUUCCUUCUGCGAGCUGCUGAAGGAGACGAAUGGAGUGACGAGCAUACGGGCGGUGGAAGAUGCCUUUGUGCCUCUCAUCAGAUUUAAGUUUGAUGGCAUUGAGAUCGACCUCCUCUUCGCGAGACUGAACAUGCAGAGCAUUCCCAAGAAACUUGACUUGCGAAACGACAACAUCCUGAGAAACCUCGACAUUCGCUGCAUCCGGAGCCUCAACGGUUGCCGCGUGACGGACGAGAUCCUGCACCUGGUGCCCAACGUGGAAACGUUCCGCCUCGCCCUGCACGCCGUCAAGCUGUGGGCGAAGCACCACGGCCUGUAUUCGAACAUCCUGGGCUUCCUUGGCGGUGUCUCGUGGUCCAUGCUCGUGGCCCGGAUCUGCCAGCUCUACCCCUGUGCCACGGCGUCCACGCUCCUACACAAGUUCUUCCUUGUCUUCUCCCAGUGGGAGUGGCCGAAACCCGUUCUGCUGAAGCAGCCAGAGUUCAGCCGACUCAACCUGCCGGUGUGGGACCCCCGGGUGAACCCCACGGACCGCUGCCACCUGAUGCCAAUCAUCACGCCGUCGUACCCCCAGCAGAAUUCCACUUACAACGUCACCGUCUCCUCCCGCGCCAUCGUCACCGCGGCGUUGCGGGAAGGCUUGGUGGUCACUCACCAAAUCCUUCUAGGACAAGCAGGGUGGGAUAAGCUGUUCGAAAUCCCCAACUUUUUCCAGAAAUACAAACAUUUCAUCGUGCUCACCUCGCAUGCUGCAAAACAAAAACAGCACUUGGAAUGGGUCGGCCUCGUCGAGUCAAAAAUCCGCAUCCUGUUGGCCAACCUGGAGAGGAACGACUUCAUCUCGCUCGUUCACAUCAAUCCCAAGGCCUUCCCCGACCCCGUCAAGAACGAAGCGGGUGGCGACCAUGUGCAGCGCUGGUUCAUCGGGAUCGUGUUCAAGAAGAGCGAGAGCUCGCCCAAUAUCAGCGUGGACCUGACGCAGGACAUCCACAGCUUCAUGGACACUGUGUACAAGCAGGCGGCGACCAUGAACGUGUCCAAGGGGGACAUGAAGAUCGAAGCCGCUCACCUCAAGAGGAAGCAGCUGUGCCCCUUCCUCCCCACGCACAUCCUGCAGAAGGAGGGUUUGAGCGAGGGCGCGCGUGGAGUGCCCAAGUCCGUCUCGAAGCAGCUCCGCCGUGCCGACAAGGAGCGCCGCGCGUCGGUCAAAGGCGCCCAGCAGCGGCCCGCCGGCCUGCCACAGGCGGACGCGACGUCGCCGCAGUGCGCCGACACCGAGGACUUCCCAUGCGCCGGAUCGGCGGUGGCAGCGCUGCACGAGGGGCCCCCCGCGACUGCGUCCGGGCGCAGCUCGCCCCUCGCGGGGUCCCUGCCAGAGCCCCCCACCGAGCGCCAAGGGCGGCCCGGCUCGGCCGCCGCCUCCCCGGACCGGGCGAGCCGCUCGCCGCCGUCGGCGCUCGCGUCUGUCGCCAGCACGAGCUCCCUGCUAAAGCGGCCGUGCAGCGCCGUGCCCGAGGGCGAGCCCCAGAGCCCCCCCAAGAGGCCCAAGCAGCAGGACCCCCCCCCCGCAGAAAAGCCCAGGCAAGGAGGUGACCCCGCCAUCGUCCCCUGCCACGAAGGCCAUGCGAUGCGAGCAGCUUGCGAGCAACGAGCUCCCGGAGUUCGUGUCCCCGCUGCCGGCGCGGCAGAUGAAGUUUGUGCGGAACCCCAUCCGCCUGCACCUCAACCGUUAGCGCCGUCGUCCCGCGCCGCUCCACCGGCACCCGCGGUCGCGACGCCUCUCCGCGAACGCCGCCCUCGCUCUCCACGCGGCGUGCGCCGUGCCACCCCCCCCCCGCACCCCCGGUCAGGCCUCUCCGCCCGUCGCGGGGAUUGACGGAGACCUGACGGAAUCGCGCGGUGCGGCGACGACGGGAUGUCGCGGGAGCCCUCGGAUUCAUUCCAGCCGGCGCACCGCCACGUACCAACGUUUAAUAACUCCCGAAAGCAGGACUAUAAAUCCGGGAAUUAGAAAGCCAAACACGCGCGCACACGAACACGGGCCAGCUCUCAGAGUCGUCCCGCAUUGAAAACUUGGAUGACGUGAGCUGCCGUGCGUGUUGGUUUGACGGCAUGGCACGGAACGGUGGGGGGGGGGGUGUACGCGGUCUUCGCGUGUUGGAGCCACUCUCUUCCGCGGUCGGUGCGGUCUCGAACGUCACGCGAUGACUUUUUACGCCACGGGGUGGCAGCAACUGUUUUAGUGAUCCGUGUCGCUGCAGGCAUCUGGCGCUCACUGCCUGCAAGAAGACAGACGGUGGCCCCCCUGACCACCACAGCCCCCCUGUGUUACUACCCCAGGCGUUUGGCACACAAAGCAAAGGCCUCGAUGUGUGGGGGUUAAGGGGUUGGGGAGGGGGGGGGGUAGAUAAAAAAAAAUCUAAAAAUGAAAAAAAAAAUAUUAGUUUCACUUUAAAAUGUAUAAAAACAGUAUUUGUUUUUUUUUUUGCUCUGUAUAGAGUCUUUUGUAAGUGUAUAUUUUGUAAAAUGUUUAAACAAUGAAAGUAACUUAUUUUAUUUACCUUGAGUGGAACGUGUGGCUUGUUCGGAUUGACAGGCCAUCGAAGGCAGUGUGUGUGUGUGCGAUGUCAUGGUAAAACAUUAAGGAAUGUGUUUUUUUUAAUACCUUAACCUCUGCAAAAUAAUCAACUUUAUUUUGCACUGUCUGCACGUCGUUUACCAUGCAUUCGGUGAAAUUUGCUAAAUCCCUCGGCAUAAUAUGCAAGCCACUCCAGUGCUACCACGCACACAAGCUCACAGCAAUAUUGUGCAAGCUGUUUUACCCUUGCAAGGUGCAACGGAUGUCUUUUUAUUACAUCUCUGGAAUAUCUCAGUGUAUCACUUUUAGUUUUCUUUGUUAAACUUCUACUGCGCUCUUCGAUAAAAUACCAAUUCAUGAAGCCAAAAUGUUACCCCCACUGUAGUGUAACAAGAGAACACGUGGGUCUGAGGCAGCGUAAACACUUGAACACCUUGUGAGCAGCAGUAGGGAGGAGGUGGCUGGGUCAUUUCAGUGGCUCCGUUUCCCCCAAGAUACAUUGACAGCGCCGAAGAGCACCUGGUGCUCCCAGAAAUUUCCCAUAACUGGUAUCAUAUAUUUUCUUCUUUACCACAUCACAUUAAAAAAAAAACAAAUAGUCUUCAUCUAUUGGGCUUCAGGGUGAAGUGGUGGUAUGAAUGAAAAAAAAACAUCGUUUUCUUUGCAACCAAUAAACGAUCAGUGACUAGUAAGUCAUAACGUGAGGGCAGGUUCUGGCCAUAAUGUACUGCGGUGUUGUCGCAGAGGGUUUGGUGAUGGAACGGUCCUUUAAUUGCUAAUUAUGCCCAACAGAGCAACUAACUGCAGGUGACCACACCAUUGUCCCGUCCUAUUCCUUCUAAGCUCACCACUGCAACAACACCGCGUGAGUGACGCCCCCCGUUAUCCGCAUCGUCGUGCCGGUCACUAUAUCCGCGCCAUCACAUCUUGUACUAUAAGACAACAUUGUUCAACUUUAAGUCGUUCUCAAAUGAAGUCAAAUAAAUGGCUUAAACGCUGGACAACAAA